AUGCCUCAACCCGUUCACCUUCAAUACAACUCUCCUAUGCAGCUAUAUUCAAAGGAAUCUGCUGAGGAACAGUUUGUUCAACAAGUUGGAAACAAUGCUCCUGUUGCUUUGCCAGCGGCUGAUAAGCAUUUUGAUCCUGCAAAAAGUGCAACUCUUAGAUACAUUAACGAUCAGAACCAUGGAUGCUUUGGUGACAGUACGAUGGAUAAGAUUGCUGCUGUAGAAGCACCAAAGCAGUUUGAGUCUCAAGAGCCAGGAUGGGCACGUUACGCUAGAGAGAAGAGUGAACGUGCUCGUUCUCGAACCCCAGCUGCUUCUGAACAUCAUAAUAGUGGGUACUAUACACCAUCAUCAACCCCCGCUCCUUUGAGUCACCCUGUCCACCAUGAGAAUGCCCGGGAGUUCGCUGAUAAACAAAGAGUUUAUACUCACAACCCUCACCCUGUUAACUAUGGACCUAGCUACUACCAAGUAGCUGAUCAGAAUAGACGUGUUCGUACUCAUAGCGAAGGAGCUAGAUCGGAGAGAGGUUAUGAGUGUGGAGGAAUGGAUUACACCAAAGGUAUGCAUUUCGAGGAUGCUGGAGGAGAUUAUUAUUCUGAGCAUCGUCCUCGCCAGGAAAGGCCUCGUAGUCGUCCAGGCUACGAAUGCGGAGGAUCUGAUUUUGGAAAGGGCUAUGUUGCUCCGGGUCCUUAUCAUGGUCAUGGACCUGAUCCACCUCGUCUUCGAUCACACUAUUCCGCAGAUCCUCGCUCAUUAUGUAAUGCAUACAUAGCUCCAAACGUUGAUUACGUUGAUGCCAACCUUCUCGUUGGUGACACGUUAUCGAAUCAGAAAUGUCGUCAGGAAGUACGACACAUCGAUCAAAAUGAAUUUGGAACAUCUUUCGGGCCUCCAGGUGGUUUCAAGCGUGAUCAUAUGACUGUUCACAGAGCCCCUGCUGCACCAGAGCCUGUCACAUUUUGUGUUAGUGCUCCAUCCAACGUUGCUCCUCGUAGCUCUGCUCCAGCACAACAACAAAAUGUUUGGAUGGAAAAACAACAAGAAACAGAUCGCGAGGUGAAUGUUCAAACACUUCUAUCGGAUGAAGCUAUUCGGCGAAAGCCAAAUGCUGAAGAAAUUCCACAAUGGAGAGAAAAGAGUAUGGAAAAGCAGAUGAGCUGGGAGAAUCGGCGUGAUCCUCGUCUUCAUAAAUUAGAGGUCUAUACGACGGAGCCUAACUGGUCACGUAAUGUUGAACAAAGACGCAAUGCUUGGGAACGGAAAGCCAAUGAAACUGAUGUUCGUGUAGGAUUACCCGCAUCAGCUAAGGUAGCGCCUGACGCUCCUCCCGCCUGGCACAAUAAAGCCGUUCGAGCUCAUAACGUUUGGCAGAACGCAGCUGAUAAUAUGCAUCAAGUACAGCACCAGAAUUAUCACAGCAGUUAUAGCAACCAACAGACCCAUGACGUUAGAUCUCCUCAACCAAGCCAACAACAACAACACAAUCAAUACGAAAAUCAAUCGAGAUCAGAGUACAAACAGGAGAGCCAUACAACUCCUUUCCAUGGUCAUUAUGACUCUAACGCUACGAACGCUCAACAACUCAUCAAUUCUGGAUACAACCAAAAUCAAGUUGACUACAUUUUGAACAACCCUGACAAGUUUGGGCCAGGCCGAAAAUACAACCCAUCAAACACGUCUUCAUAUCAAGCCAAAGACAACUAUCAGUCUAAUUCAUCAAACUACAAUAAAAUAGUUUCUAAUGGCCACGUUAAUUCAAUGGGCAAUGGAAAUGUUGUUAAUCGUCAACAUAACCAAGAUGGUGGAUUUUCAAACAACUAUUCAACAACUAACCAUGAAGAAGGUCAGCUUCCACAAGGUGGAACAUUCACCCGAACAGUCACCGAGAGCCGUUCCUCCUCUCACAACACAAAACCAGCUAAUUAUUCAACUGAGACCCAUAUCACUCAUGCUCCAUUCGCAAAUGCCCCUCCUCAAGCUGGACAUUUCGCUCCUAGUAACUUAACUUCAAACAAUAACUAUCAGGAGCAUAGAUCUAGUGAAUCAAAUGAAAGAUCUGAAUUCAAAACAAAUUUGGCUCCAUUAGCCCCAAUAGAUACAGGAAAUAGAUUUGAAGAGUCUAGCUCUUACAAUAAAAGUACAUCAUCCCAGAACAUCUCUCAGCCUAUUGCUCUUCCCGCUCCGGCUCUUUCACCAGCAGCUUCUUACAAGAGCUAUUCAUCUUCUCACUAUUCCAAACAAGAAAAAACUACCAACACUACUGGAGGCUCUGGUUAUUCCACCGCUCCUCAGGUUACAACCACUUUGCCUGUAACCAAAACCACAUCUUACUCUUACUCAACGACUUCCCAGCCAUCACAGCCAGCACCAAUUUCAAUAAACCAAAAUAGCUACACUAAUACUACCGAGAAAGCACACAAUGCACUCCCUGCCUCAAACUACUACUCUGAGAAUUACUCGAAGAGUCAUAGAGAAGAGAAUCACCGUGAGGAAUCCAGUCGUCCAGUAAGCCAACUUUCACAAUACAGUGAAUCUCGCAAUUACAAGAGAAAUUAUGAGGAGAAAACAGAAACAACAACAAUUCCUGCUACCUUGGCUCCGAUCACAACUAACUACACCAGCAGUAGCUCUAACAACUUGUCUUCAGCCACAAAUAUCAACGACGUUUUUGACAAGAAGAAGGAAAUGAACGAGCAUCUUCCCAAGGGGACAAUUAGCAACACACAUAACAAUACACAGGGAGGUUAUCGCGAUAGAGAGGGACAUGAUGUUUCUUACAAACGAGAAUUGUCCACAGCAGCUGAUCCAGGAAGAGAAUAUGCUCUUUUAAAAGAGGAAGAAAAGCGAGUAGUUGAGACUCCCAUGGAGCCAGGAGUUAUCUCACGACAUGUCACCACCAAAUACUACAAGAAGAAGACUGUUACUGAUACCACAACUACACCUAUCACCGAAGCCAAUUAA